AUAGCAGCGCUUCUGACUCUCUGCUGACCGUGUUGAUAUAGGUUCUGUAGUCUCGCGGGUUCAGGUGAGAGGAGUUCAGGCUGUAUUUAAUCCACCGAUCAAAGAAAAUAAAUCAGGCAUGGCGACCCGGAUCCGCUCGAGCAGUAAGAGGUGUGCUGUGGUUGGAGGAUCUGGGUUUUUAGGGAGGCAUCUUGUUGAGAAGCUGGUGGAGAAGGGCUACUCAGUGUCUGUGUUUGAUAUCAGACAGAGCUAUGAGCUUCCUGGAGUCACGUUUCAUCAAGGAGAUCUCUGUAACAAACAGGAUUUACUCGUGGCUCUGAGGGAUGUAUCGUUAGUGUUUCACUGUGCCUCUCCUGCACCUUCUAGUGAUGAUCAGGCUUUAUUCCAGAGGGUGAAUGUUGAGGGAACUCGCACAGUCAUCCAAGCCUGUCAAGAAGCCGGAGUACAGAAACUGGUUUUAACCAGCAGUGCCAGUGUUGUGUUUGAGGGAACCGACAUCAAAAAUGGAGAGGAGGAUCUGCCUUACGCAAAAAAGCCUAUCGAUUAUUAUACACAGACCAAAAUCCAACAGGAGAAGCUCGUCCUGCAGGCCUGCAAUAAAGAAAAAGGGUUCCUGACCGUGGCAAUUCGUCCUCAUGGCAUCUUUGGCCCUCGAGACCCUCAGCUGGUUCCUAUACUUGUAGAUACAGCCAGGCGAGGCAAGAUGAAGUUCAUUAUUGGAGAUGGAUCAAACUUAGUAGACUUCACUUUUGUGGAGAAUGUGGUUCACGGUCACGUCCUCGCAGCUGAGUAUCUGAAGCCAGACUCCCCACUCUGUGGAAAGGCUUAUCACAUCACCAACGACGAGCCAAUCCGCUUCUGGGAUUUCAUGUCUCGGGUUCUGGUGGGUUUGGGUUACGACGCCCCUCGAUACCAUCUGCCCUACAGCCUGGUGUACGGACUCGCCCUGCUGCUCUGGCUGCUGACCCUGCUGCUCCGCCCCCUCAUUACCAUAAAGCCCACCUUCACCCCGAUGCGCGUGGCCCUGGCUGGAACUCACCACUACUACAGCUGUGCACGAGCCAAACACGACAUGGGCUACAAACCACUAGUGAGCUUACACGAGGCUAUCGCUCAAACUGUAGCCAGCUACCCUGAUCUGAGGAGGGGGGCGUAGUGUCGGAUCAGGUCCAGAGAGAGUGAGAGAGAGUGUGAGAUACAGUGAGCGAGAGUGAGAUACAUUGAAAUACAGUGAGUGAACUUGAGUGAGAAUGAGAUACAGUGAGAGUGAGAUACAGUGAGAGUGAGAUACAGUGAGUGAAAUUGAGUGAGAUACAGUGAGAAAAUAAGUGAGAGUGAGAUACAGUGAGUGAGAGUGAGAUGCAUUGAGAAAGUGAGUGAGAGUGAGAUACAGUGAGAGUGAGAUACAGUGAGAAAAUAAAUGAGAGUAAGAUACAGUGAGUGAGAGUGAGAUACAGUGAGAGUGAGAUACAGUGAGAAAAUAAAUGAGAGUAAGAUACAGUGAGUGAGAGUGAGAUACAGUAAGUAAAAUGAAGUGAGAGUGAGAUACAGUGAGUGAAAUUGAGUGAGAUACAGUGAGAAAAUAAGUGAGAGUGAGAUACAGUGAGUGAGAGUGAGAUGCAUUGAGAAAGUGAGUGAGAUACAGUGAGUGAGAGUGAGAAGCAGUGAGAUUCAGUGAGUUAGAAAGUGAGAUUAAGUGAGGUAAAGUGAGACAGUUAGUGAGAGUGAGACACAGUGAGUGAGAUACAGGGAGAGUGUUUCUGUCUGUAUACUUUAUAAACUCACAUCAGAUAUUUUAGAUCUAUAUUAAUUGAUUAAUUCUGAUCGGUGUGAUCUGAGGCUCUGUAACUCUGAGCGUAUCUAUGCUCCUGUUGGAGACUCCGCUGCACAGUUAAUCUCUGUGAUUAAUAUUCUCUGUGCUGAUGUUCCUGAAGCGUAACGUGGAGGGAAAGCUGAUCUGUGAUCAGGGUUUUUGAUGUGUACUCUCAGCUGUACUCACAAAAAGCUCCUCCUUCUGCUGAGAUUCCUCCCUGUUCUUAUUCUCCUGCAGAGAAUUCAGUCUGAAAUGUUCUGUAUUAAAGAAGUUUACAGUAAACAGACUGUAUUAAUAACACAGCACUUCCUUACUUAACACACCUCUCCGUAUAUUUAACAUGUCAAUGUUCAUGUAACUAUACCACCUUUUCGAAAAUGAAUUGAAAGUCAUACAAACACAGUUCUGAGAAUAUAUAUAUAUAGAUUUUAUAAGAACAAUUGUCUUGUCAGUACAAUUAACAAAUAAAUAUAUUAUUGUCUUUAUAA